GACGAAUUCCUAAUAAUCAACAAGAAAUUUUCGAUACUUUAUUUGAAAAUGAAGAAAUUCAUUUCGAAGUUUUUAGAAACUUUAAUUCAAAACGAAAAAAAGAAUUCAAAGAAGAAAUUGAUUCUAUUGAUUACAGAAGAUGUGAAAUGAAGUUUUUGUUCUCUGAAUAUUAUCAUGUCUUUGGUAAAUCAAAUCCUUUAAGCCAAUAUGAUCUCUCUUGUAUUGGCCGUAUCUUGAAACCAAAGAAAAAAAUUCAGUUAAAGCAUGUUAAAAAGGUUGUUGAAGAUGAUCUUGAAGAAGGUGUCCAGGUGAAAAAUGGUAUUAGAUAUGUUGCAGGAAAUGCGGGAAUCACUAGAGCAGCAUUUAAAUAUUGUAAAUGUAAAUGUAUUUUUAUUUUAGAAGUUCUUAAAACAACUGAUGAU